GAUACACCCAUAACAUGCUCCUCUCCAAGACACCCAAAGCCGGCGCAUCCAGACCAAGCAAACCGCCAUGGCAAUUGGAAGGUAUCCGAGAAAUCCUCGGCUGCCAUCUGGAGAGCGUUCCUAGCACAAGCAAGCUGAGACGGCCACGAAUACAGAACAGGCGCAGUUAAUAUUGAUGCAGCAGAUGUCGCCGGCAAGCACUUGGCUCUAAUGGUUCAAUCUAUCCCCCGCCCCCAACUCUCCUUUCCGGAGGCAGUGUCAGCAUUCCCUUUCGUUGACAUUGCCCAUUGCGAGCUGAGCCUACAACCUGGGGUCCCCAGUGGCCCUACGCAUAUAGCAUACUGCCCAAACGGGAACCGAGAUGGGCUACCAUUCGCUGCGCUCUCCGCGUCAGCUAGCUCGCGACAGCUGAGCUUGCUUGGCAACGUGAACUGCUCAACGGCGGCACAAAGGUUGGGGAAGUGAUGCGGGGAAGCCGUUGGUACCUGUGCUCUGGGCUCAUAGGAGAUGUAUCUGAUAGACCAAAGGGGCAAGUAUAAAGUCGACCAAAACUGCUGCCAUUUAGCAACUUGGAUCUGUCUUUAGAACACAAGCACACUCAUCCACCCUCUCAAACACCAGACAAGCAUCGCACUCUGCCUUUCACGCAAGCACUCCUGUUCAAAAUGCUCCUGAACUCCCUCCUCGCCCUGGCCAUCCCGGCUCUGGCCGCCCCGGCACCCAUGAGUCCCAACGAGCCGAGCGCACUGGUCAAGCGCGACACUUGUGCCAACUACAGGUUCAUGUCCAUGGGGCAGCUCCACUUCUACAACGGGGCCACCAUCUCGGCCGAGCUCCAGUACAGCUACGACCAGAGCUCCUGGACCAAGAUCAACCCCAGCGGCAACAUCCUGUCCGGCCAGUCGCGCGACUUCUAUCGGGACAACGAGCUCAAGACCAUCCUGCGUGACACCAACUUCUACAUCCGAGUCUGCGAUACCCUCAUCAACCGGGAUUGCGGUACCUCGCCCGGCGUGUUUCAAAUCCCGAGUGCUGGAAAGCAGCAGUGGGUUGCGUCGGUCGAGGCCGAGGAUCAGUGGAGAUGGCCCCCGAAAAUUUACACCGAGGUGCUGUGCGAGAUUGGCAGCCAGCUCCCGAACUCGAGCGGUAACUGAGAAGCUGCCGUCUUAUCUCUGCCGACUUUGCUCCACCCUUUCUUUUCUUUUGUGGUUUGCUUCAGUGCAGUAAUCAAGUAGUUACUGCUGUCUCUCCCGGCUGUUUGGGAUUUUAUGAUCCCACAUUGUCACUCCUUCCAACCACUUUGGCAUUUCUUCUCAUUGUUAUCAGGUGGAAGUUAGCGGGGUGAGCUGUAGUCCCUUAGGUAGCUAUAAAACAUAUAUCCAAUGCCCA